AUGGCCAUAGAUUGGAGUGACUUUUCGGAGAAUGUAUUACCUAACUUAAGGAGUUUGAUUCUAGGAGAAGUGCCCAGUCUCAAGGAUUUCUGUCAACGUUUAUCCUUUUCCAACGAUUGUCUUCGCCAGCUGUUGUGUUCAAAACUGGAAGUAUUAGAAUUAGGAGGUCUCCCUGAGCUGUGGCUGAUAUGGGGAGCUCCUUCACAUGUUUCGAACCUUGUCCAUCUUCGAGAAUUGGGCUUGUAUAAUUGUAAGAAAUUGAAAUCUGUAUUUGGUGAGGGCAGCCACGAAAGAAGCCUCCCAAUGGUAGAGAGGCUCAAGAUACAGAACUGUGAGGAGUUGGAGGUGAUUCUAACACAACAAGAUCACCAAUCAUUCCAAAUUAGCCUUCCUAAGUUAUACAUAUUGGAAGUGGAGCAUUGUAACAAGCUCAAGUCUCUUUUCUCAACCUCCUCUGUCGCUAUACUGCCUCCACAAUUAUGGUUUAUAAAGAUAUCAGAAUGUGCAGAGUUAGAGCAGCUCUUUGAACGUAGGAGUGAAGCCAACAGCAGUAGUGACAAUGUCAACAAAAUUGCGCUUCCAAAAUUACAAAGGAUAAUGCUAAGGAAAUUGCCAAGUCUUGUUGAUAUCUGCAAAGGAUUUAAGUUAUCCGCAGAGAAUGUCAUAGAAAUUAAAAUGAAUAAUUGCCCAAAAUUUUCUUCAAUUAUGGGAGCAACUGGGAGCAUGUCGAUUGUACCGUUUACACAGAAAGCAGAGCCUCACGCCAACAACGGCAACCAACCGCUUCAUCAACUUCCAUAUUUCUAUCCACAAUACUUGUGGUUAAAGGAAUUAGAGUUCCAAAAUCUAAGCGAUCUGAGUUUUAUAUGCACGGCUUUCACUUCCUCUCAGAUUUUGAGCUUCCAAUAUCUUCGUUUUUUAGGAGUGCAUGGAUGUGGAAAACUCAAAUGUAUAUUCUCCAUGUCUGUUUGGGGAAGCCUUCCACAAUUGGAAGCACUAGAAAUUACAGAAUGUGAGGAAGUAGAGGAAAUCAUGCAAGAGUCGUUGGAAGAAGCUCAGAAUGCUGUAUCCAACUCGAAUUAUAUGCAGUUGCCUUUUCCAAAAUUGGAGAGGAUAACAGUGAAACGUUGCAACAAGUUGAAAUGCCUUCUCAGGUACGUUGACGUUGGAAUGCUUCCGCCACUGAAACGCAUUGAGGUAUCAGAGGCUACACAAAUGGAGGAGCUCUGUUCGCAUAAAAGUGAUGAAGCCACUGCCAGUACGCAAGAACUUGUGCUUCCACAUCUAUACUCAUUGAAACUUUCAAAACUGCUAGCCCUUACUCACUUCUGCAAAGGAUUCCAGCUAAAUGCUCCACAACUCAAACCCCAAGGAGUCCAGAUAGAUGAAUGCCCAAAAUUGGACUUCUCCUCCCAGCAAGCUGCUUCCAUCCAAACCACAGGUAUUUCACUAUUUAUCUUGCUCCCACAAUUUCUUUAUUUACACAUAAUAAUACGUUAAAAAUAUAUACCACUGGAACAAAUAUUACAAAA